AUGGCGGCAUCACCACCGGAGAAGUCACCCACCGGCCACGAUGAAAGCAUGAUAAACCCCGUAGUCACAGCUCCGAGUGACACAUCCUCGCACAAAGGAGACCCCCUCGAAGCGCAGGAAGUAUUCCAGGAGACGACGGAAGGUGUGAACUUCCGAACGGUCAGCUGGCAGCGGGCUGCUAUUAUCUUUUUGAAGAUUCAAUUUGCCAUGAGUAUUCUUAGUGUUCCGGCUGCACUUGGAACGUUGGGUGCAGUAGGUGGUUCACUUUCCGUCGUAGGAUGGGGAUUGCUCAACACAUACACGGCCGUCAUCUUGGGAGACUUCCGCAACCGUCAUCCCGAAUGCCAUACCCUGGCAGAUAUGUGCGGCUUCCUCUGGGGAAGAAUCGGCAAAGAGCUAGUCACCAUCCAGAUCCUCAUUGCACAGGUCUUAAUCACAGCCGCCGGCAUCGUGAGCUGUUCCACAGCCUUCAACGCUCUGUCAAACCACGGCGCCUGUACCGUGGUCUUCAGUUUCGUCUCUGCUGCUUUAAUCACCGCUCUAUCCAUGGUACGAACAUUCAGUCGCCUCGGAUGGCUAACAUGGUUCGGAUUCACCACCUUCUUCGUCGCCGUCUUUAUCUUUGUCGUCGCCGUCACGCAGCAAGACCGUCCGGCUGCAGCGCCGCCCACCGGAGAUUUUGACCUCGGUUGGACACCAAUUGCUUAUCCGACAUUCGUGGCAGGUAUGCUAGCCUCGGCGAAUAUCUUCCUAUAUGCGAGUGGAUCAGCCAUGUAUCUCCCCGUUAUAUCGGAGAUGCGCCAUCCUCGCAAUUAUCGAAAAGCCGCGCUCGUUACCGGUUUCCUCGUCUGCGCCAUUUAUCUCUCAUUCUCACUUGUUGUGUACAGAUGGUGUGGACAAUGGUUGGCUACACCUGUGUUUGGAAGUGCUGGUCCGUUGUUUAAAAAGAUUUCGUACGGAGUUGCCCUUCCUGGCCUCAUUAUUGGCGUCGGUAUCUACAGCCAUGUCGCUGCUAAGCUUUUGUUCGUUCGGAUUCUGCGAGGUACUAAACACUUGCAGGCAAAUACUGCGGUGCACUGGUCUACAUGGCUGGGUGUGAAUCUACUGCUUGGUGUCCUAUCAUUUAUUGUCGCUGAAGCUGUUCCGAUUCUGAAUUAUCUUCUUGGUCUUGCCGGAACUCUGUGUUUUGCGCCCUUCAGUUUGAUCUUCCCGGCGAUGCUUUGGAUGUAUGACUACAAGGAUUACCGGUCUGGCAGUCUCAGAAACAGGCUCGUAUACGGACUUCACAUCCUGAUUGUCCUUGUCGGGCUGUUCAUGGUAGUCGGUGGCACUUACGGUGUCGCCGUCUCGAUUAAGGAUGCUUACGCAACUGGGAUGAUAUCGAAAGUCUUCAACUGCGCGGACAACUCGGGAAGCGUAUCCUAA